CCGCCCCCUUUCCCCACCCAGUCGCGCAGUGCAUUGUGGAGAACCGAGUCCUGCAGCCUGAAUAAUUAAAGCACCAUCCGUCGUCAGCAAGAUGCCGGCCGUACACAAAUUACUGCUGGAGGAAGCUCUACAGGACAGCCCGCAGACACGCACUUUGCUCAGUGUGUUUGAAGAAGAUGCGAGCACUCUUACGGACUACAGCAACCAGCUCUUGCAGUCUAUGCAAAGAGUGUUUGGAGCACAGAAUGAGAUGGCCCUGGCCACUGAACAGCUCUCCAAGCAGUUACUUGAGUAUGAGAAACAGAACUUUGCCCUAGGGAAAGGAGAUGAAGAGGUAAUCAGCACGCUUCAACAUUUUGCCAAAACCAUGGAAGAGCUGAACUCUCUGCAUGUUGAUUUGGCCACUCAGAUGGCUGAUAGGAUGGUGUUUCCCAUGGUGCAGUUCAGGGAGAAGGACCUGACUGAAAUAAGCACACUGAAAGAGAUAUUUGGAAUCGCCACUGACGAGCACGAGGCUGCCAUGAUCAAAUACAGCCGACUACCCAAGAGGAGGGAGAAUGAGAAGCUGAAAGCGGAGCUGGUUGGUGAGGUGGCGUACUGUCGGAGGAAGCAGCACCAGGCCUCCAUGCAGUAUUACUGUGCUCUUAAUGCUUUACAGUACAGGAAGCGAGUAGCCAUGCUGGAGCCCAUGCUGGGAUACACACAAGCCCAGAUCAACUUCUUUAAGAAAGGGAUAGAACUGGUCUCCAAGAAAAUGGACAGUUUCCUGGCUUCUGUGAGCAGCAUGUCUGAGAGUAUUCAGGCGCAGUUGGAUGCCGAGGCAGAGAGCAUGCGUAUGUCCCAGAGAGAGCUGUUGUCAGUGGACGAUAUAGUCUACAUGCCUGACCAAGAUCGGGCACCAGUCAACCGCACGCUCAUACAGAAAGCAGGCUACCUCAACAUUAGGAAUAAGACGGGCCUGGUGAGCACAGCCUGGGACCGGCUUUACUUCUUCACCCAGGGGGGGAACCUGAUGUGCCAGCCGCGUGGUGCUGUGGCAGGUGGCAUGGUGCUCGAUCUGGACAACAGCUCCGUCAUGGCCAUCGAGUGCGAGGACAGGCGCUACUGCUUUCAGAUCACGUCACCUAGCGGGAAAACGUCUAUGAUUCUUCAAGCUGAGAGCAAAAAGGAGUAUGAGGAGUGGAUCUGCACCAUUAACAACAUUUCUCGUCAGAUCUACCUGACGGACAACCCUGAGGCUGUGGCCAUCAGGCUAAAUCAGACAGCCAUCCAGGCGGUCACUCCAAUCACCAGCUUUGAAAAGAGAGCAGAGGGCUCCCCGAACCCUGACAGGGCUAAGCCAGGCGCAGUGGUCACUGGCAGUAUUAAGAAAGCCCCUGCUGCCCCUGAGCCUGAAGACUUGAUUGCCCCUGGGACACCCAUCCAGUUCGAUAUUGUGCUUCCGGCAUCCGAGUUCCUGGACCAGAACAGGGCGGGAGGGAGACGCACAAACCCCUUUGGUGAGACCGAAGUGGACAGCUCUUCAGGUACUGACGACUCCUUGCUACAGCAGGUAUUUGCCGUGCGUUUCCUGGGCUCUAUGGCAGUGCGCUCUGGACACACACAGGAAGUUAUCUACGAGGCCAUGAGGCAGGUGCUAGCUGCUCGGGCGAUACACAACAUAUUUAAAACCAGCGAGUCACACCUGAUGGUCACAAGCAGCUGCCUCCGGUUGAUUGACCCUCAGACACAGGUCACUAAAAUAAGUUUCCAGCUCAGGGAUGUCACCCAGUUCGCAGCGCAUAAGGAGAACAGCCGGCUCAUGGGCUUCGUGGUGGAGGGGAGAGACUGGAGUGAGGGAGAGGAGGAGGGACAGGCAUCCUUCAGCGCUUUUGUGUUUGAGAGCAACACCGAGGGAGAGAAGAUCUGCUACACAAUAAACAUCGGAAAGGAGAUUACAGCAGCUAAGAAGGACCCAGAUGCUCUGGCCGAGCUGAUGAAGUCUGUGCCACUCACCAGUGACGGGAAGUUCCUGCUGCUGGAGAGUGAAACAGGAGAGGCAGCGAACGGAGAAGGAGAGGAUGACUUGGAGUCUGAGGCCUGAAAGUUGUUUAGUCUUCUCAAAGGAUAACAGCUGAUCUAGUGUUUGUUUUUGUCACUUAUACCCUAAUGAAGAUCUAGGGAUCUGAUCCUAGAUACACACCUUACAUACAAACUAUAGACUCUUACGUUAUGGUACGUUACAGCUCUACUCUAAUACUCCAGAUGUCUCGAUGCUAAAUACCAAGUUUGCUCUUAUACCAAUAAUCCACAAACAGAGCUAAAGAUGGAGGAUUACAUUGGCAUUACACUGAGUUUGCAUUCUAGCAGCUAUCGAGCCAGAGUAAUCUAGCUCUGCUAAAUACUAAGCAGCACUCCACUCUGCUCAAGUUUAGAUCAGAAUCUGGCAAAAUCAUUCACUUUAAAGAUGCGUGCCCAAUAACACGAGACUCUUUAUAGCUGCUCUUCUGCAUUAAAGCUGAUUACAGUAAGGGAAUGCGAAGAAAAGACCAGGCUAUUUAAGAGUAUUGGAGUGAGAGCUGUCUCAUAUACUCAGACAUCGGACAGGUUCAGACUCCUACUUGCACUUUCUUCUGAUCCUUUAGCUCAAUAUAUUUCUCUCGGCAUACUUCAGGAUUAAGGAGCCUGAUAUAACGGCGUGCCAUUUUAUUACUUUGUCGUACUGAAACAUACACUCCUGGGGGGAAAAAAAUGGGCCAAGCCCCAAAUGGCAAAAUAUUAAGCUCUUAACAACAAGUCAUUGGUGCAAGAAUUAAACAAAUAACGAAAGGAAGUUAGUAUGGGAAGCUUUUCCCUCUGAUUUCUUUAAAUGUUUAAGCUUUGUGGCCCUUGAUGGGCUGCAUCAGGUGUGGCAGAGAACCAAAUAAUCACUAAUCUUUUAAGAAAGAAAAAAAAAAAACAUCCCAGAAGAUAUUUUUGUACAUCCAGAUGCAUUAGGUUGAAUUUUACAUCAAAUAUUUUAAUCAUUAACAUGAUUUUACCUUUGCGUACAAGAAGACUAUAGAAGUGAAUUUCCCUGUUUCUAGCUUUUCCCCAAACAAACAGUUCACUGCAGCAAAAGGAAACCAGUAAAUAGAGGCACAGGAGCUCUCAGGAGUGCAUUUGUUUCAUUCUUGCUAAUUCUUGACCAAUGAUUUGUUUUUAAGACCAUUAAAAGCUUCAUAUUUGCCAUUUUGGGCUUGGCCCAUUUUUUUGCCCAGGAGUGUAGAAGCAGCUUCUUUACAAACGAUUGCUCUAAUAUCUGAUUUGCCCAUUUAUUGAGAUUUGUAGGGUUAUAGAUUAAAUAUACUUGCUAAGCACGUAGCGGUAGUAGAAAGCACGUGCACAUGAGUUUAGACGUACUGCUUAGCUAGACUCACAACUUUCCCUGCUUAAGGCACAGAAUUGAACUGCACUUCCAAGAGCUACAUAUGUUGCAUGUAGAGUUUUGGAUAAUUGCACUAUAAUUGCAUAAUACAUUUCAGUGGUAAUAUAGAGCAAAUAGUUUCCCUACAUGAUAACUGUGAAGCUGGCUCGGACCUCUGUGUGCUGAUUUACUUACUUACAAACUUAAGAACGAGGCUAUUUCACCAUACUUCACUAAAUAUUUUCCUCAGGUCCUUUCACUUACAGAAAUACUUUUUACAUUCCUUUGUUACCAUUUAAUCUCAAAUUUCUCACCCAGGGACUAGGGUCUAGUGCCCUGUUUACAGUAAAUGACAUGCACUUUGAGGUUUAAACUACAGUUUACAAAAAAUUAACACUAAAGAAGUGAGAUUUAAAAAGAAUUCAUUGCUAACAAUUAAUAAUAUGAUAAUUCCUUUAGUAGAAUAUCCUUUUUUUUUUUUUUAAUUUAAACUAAAAGCUGGCUAUGUAAAAGCGGGGUACAUUUUAAGCUCAAAUGAGAUGGAGACAAUAUGAUUUUUUUUCCCUUUACAUGUAAAAUGUAAGCAGUUUUUAUUGGUUAAUCAUCCAGUGGCAAUAGUUCUAUCAGCUAAAAUCAAAACCACUUUAAUUCAAAUGAAGGGUUAUUUUUGUGGCUUGUUCGGCUCCCUGACUACAUUUCUAUUUCUUCUGAAAGGGCUUUUUUUUCCUACGUAUUCCUUAUCUGCUUGCUUAGCUGUAUUGGAAGAUAGGUGUAUAUGUGCCUGCGGGCAUAAUUUUAAAUCAUCUGCUGCAAUCUGAAUCAUGAAUUUGCUGCACUUCAGUAUUGUAUAUAAAAGCAAAAUAUACAUGUGGAAGGUUUUUUUUUUCCCCCCACAAUAAUUGUUGGGUUGUGUAUGAAUGCAGGCACUUAUAUAGUUUAACUGAUAGCAAGCUGUUAAGCAUAGGAUCAGUUGGAGGUCAGGCUUUGGCUUUGGUUGUUUAUGGGAGUCCAGAUGGGACUAUAACAGACUCAAGUGCAUAUAAAUGUCUCUUAACAGCAUCCUCUGUCUAUCUGCUGCAAGAGUUUAAAAAGACAAAUAAUGGCAUUUGAUGAAAGCUGUGUAGGAGCAGACCACUCCUAAGAAUAACUCCUGUUAUUGAUUGAGCCACUGUCUAGAAGGCUUUGCACAUGGCUUUUCUUAAACAAAAUAUAAUAACUACUUUAAUAAAGCUCUAUGAGAAUUUCUAAGA